AUGAGCAAUAUUGAUUAACUUUUAAGAAGUCGACCAAAGAUUUUAAAAGGGAGCCAAACUUUGAUACAGAACAAACCUACAAAUGAGUUUAGUCUUAAUUUAGACAAAGCCUUAUUUACAAUGUAGCCAGCUCCGAGAUUGAUAGUACCAAAGGAAGUCAAUGUGAAUAAGUAGAAAUAUGAGGGAUAAGUAGAUCAAGUUGACAUAACUGAAUAAGAGUUUGAGAAACUAAUUCCGAAGAAGCAAAAGGAUCAUCCCAUCACUAAUAAGAAAAUUGUUAAUGAUAAAUAAGAAAUGCCCACUUACAUAUUGGAGGAAGAGAAGACCAAAUAAUUUGUUAUGGAAGCAUUGAGUGAAGAGUUGGCAAGAUUGGAUUCAAACACAGAAAAUCUAUUGAAGACUUUGGAUUAAGAAAAGGAGAAGAUGGGAUUGAUGAAGCAGUAGAACGAUGAGAUAGAGCAGCAAGUAAAGAUAAUGGUUCAAAAUAAAAGAUUAGAGAAUAGGAUCUCGUAGUUGGAAGACUAAUUGAAUGUUCCAAAAGAAAUUAAAUUAGAUCUAUUGAAUGCUGAUUGGAAUGUGGCAAAUGAGAAAAUCGAAUAGAUGUUUAAAGAAAAUUAAGAGCUAUUCAAUGAAGCAGAUCAAAUUGCGCAUGAAUUCGCUAAAUAAUAAUUGGAAUGUGAAAAUGAUUGA